AUGACGCCGUAUUCUCGACCUGACUUUUCUGCACUGAAGCGAGCAUCAUACCUUACUCCAGCGGCGAUGUCCACCAUUCACCAUCACCCUCUGCCGCCAUACUUUCACCUCAAGGUCCUGCGACACCUCGAAACGAAGAAGAGCAAUGGGCACAACAAAAGCGCUCCUGCAACAUUGGUCGUUGGUCCUCCUCCAAAUGCUCCCUUCCGGUUUCUCCAGUUACCGCCUGAAAUCCGCAACAAGGUGUACCGGGAAUUGCUGGACAGUGCAGUCCCAGAUCAUCCAAAGCUCGGGAAAUGGUGCAAGCCCCGAUGUCUUCAUCCAGCAAUCAUCUUUACUUGCCAUCAGAUCUACAACGAGGCUUCAGGACUGUUACAGGGUGGCGAAUUGGUGUUGCUGUACUCCUCAGGAGUCAUUCCUCUCGUCCCUGGGCAACUAUCCCCGGAGUACGGCGUCAAAGCCUUGCUCAACGGACAAGAAGUCUUCAAAGCGGAAGAAGUCAUCCGCAUACUUCAGUAG